CCCCCUUACCCCCCCCUCCCCCCCCAGGAAAACGCCACAUCCCUGUCAUUAGAAUUUGUAAGACUGUUUGUCCCGGGAGCCAGUUUUCUUACAGAUUCUGGAGACAAGGGGGAAGCCAAAUUAUCUUUCCAGAAAUUCCUUACUCUGAGCAUUUUCGUUUGCCUCAUCUGGGUUGUCAAGUAGGACCUAUAAUUUAAAUGGGGCGGCGUAGUACGGUGCAAAUAGCUCCUGGGUAAGGAGUCCCAGAUUCUAGUUUCUGUUAUUUAUUAGUUUUGGAAUCUUGGGCUACUUAAUUUCCCUCUGUACCUUAGUUUCCUCAUCUAUAAGCUAACUAGUAGAGCUUAUCUUAUACUAUAUGAUUCUCAUGAAAUGGAGAUGGUGACAGGAUUUACUAUCUGCUUUCAGUUGAUUUAACAAAUACUUGUUGCGCUACUACCAGCCAGGUGCUGGCUGGAGCAACAGAGAAAAUCGCUACAAUUGGGUUCUGGUUGGUUGAUGAGUCCGGAGGUAGGGGAAGUUCAGGGUGUGGUGGGAGCACGGUGAAAAGGACUCUAAGAUUUGAGAAAUUGAAGUUUCCUGCAACAUAAGACCUUAACCUGAGAACUAAAGGAUGGAUAGGUGGAGGUGCAGUGUUCAGGCGAGAGGGAAAAGCUUCCGCGAAAGUUGGUCUUGAUCAAGGAACCUGUGUUUCUUGAUUUGAUUCCUUGUUCGUUGAUGCGGAAAUCAGAAUUGCAAUUCUAGGACUUUUGUAGGAAGUAAGGUAUGUUUUGUCAAUUGAGAGUCCUGAAGAGAUACGAGAAUAUGUUACUGACCUCCUUCAGGGAAAUGAGGGCAAAAAAGGUCAAUUCAUAGAAGAGCUUAUAAACAAAUGGCAAAUGAAUGAGCAGGAGUUGAUUUCUGAUGCUCUGCAGCCAUCCUUCAAAAAAGGUGAAAUUUUAGACGGGCAGAAAUCAGGAGACCAGCUAAAGAGAAGUAGGCGGAAAGGGAGAAACAGACAGGAAGUUCCUGCAUUUGCUGAACCUGACACAACCAUAGAGGUCAAAACACCUUUUGAUUUGGCCAAGGCACAAGAGAACAACAAUUCCUUAAAGAAGAAGACAAAGUUUGUCAGUUUAUAUACAAAAGAGGGACAAGACAAGCUUGCAGUCCUGAUCCCAGGUCGCCACCCUUGUGAUUGCCUGGGCCAGAAGCACAAGCUGAUCAAUAACUGUCUGAUCUGCGGGCGUAUAGUCUGUGAACAAGAAGGUUCUGGCCCUUGCUUAUUCUGUGGUACUCUGGUAUGUACUCGUGAAGAACAGGAUAUUUUACAGCGUGACUCAAACAAGAGCCAGAAAUUGCUCAAGAAGCUAAUGUCAGGGACGGAGAAUUCUGGAAAAGUGGACAUCUCUACCAAGGACCUUCUUCCUCAUCAAGAGGUGCGAUUUAAGUCUGGUCUGGAGAAGGCUAUCAAGCAUAAAGACAAACUGUUGGAGUUUGAUAGAACUAGUAUUCGAAGGACCCAAGUAAUUGAUGAUGAAUCAGAUUACUUUGCCAGUGAUUCUAACCAGUGGUUAUCCAAAAUUGAGCGGGAAACUUUGCAGAAGCGAGAGGAGGAGCUCAGAGAAUUUCGACAUGCCUCUCGGCUUUCUAAGAAGAUCACCAUUGACUUUGCAGGCAGGAAGAUCGUGGAAGAUGAAAAUCCACUAGCCGAGUAUCAUAGCAAACUAGAUGAGACAAUACAGGCCAUUGCCAGUGGAACCUUGAACCAAUCACUGACCAAAUUGGAUAGAUCUUCUGAAGAGCCUUUGGGAAUUCUGGUGAAUCCGAACCUGUACCAAUCCCCUCCCCAGUGGAUAGACCAGACAGGUGCAGCCACGCAGAAGAAGGCUUUCCAUUCAGCAGGAUCAGAACCAGAGUUCAACUCAUAUCGGCACCAGUUGCGAAUCCAGGACGAAGAAUUUCAGGAAGGCUUUGAUGGUGGCUGGUGCCUUUCUAUGCAUCAGCCCUGGGCUUCUCUGCUUGUCAGGGGGAUUAAAAGGGUGGAGGGCAGAAGCUGGUACACUCCUCACAGAGGACGGCUUUGGAUAGCAGCCACAGCCAAAAGACCCUCCCCUCAAGAAGUCUCAGAACUCCAGACUACAUAUCGUGUUCUUCGUGGGAAAGAUGUGGAAUUUCCCAAUGACUAUCCAUCAGGUUGUCUUCUGGGCUGUGUGGACCUAAUUGACUGCUUGUCCCAGAAUCAAUUUAAGGAUCAGUAUCCAGACAUGAGUCAAGAAUCUGAUUCUCCAUUUGUUUUCAUCUGCACAAAUCCCCAGGAAAUGAUUGUGAAGUUUCCCAUUAAAGGAAAUCCAAAAAUCUGGAAACUGGAUUCCAAGAUCCAUCAAGGCGCAAAGAAGGGGUUAAUGAAGCAGAAUAAAGCUGUCUGACCCAGGAGAAAAGGAACUAUACAGCCUAGUGGAGUUUUGUGUACUAAAAUUGUUAUCCGUUGGUCCUUUGGAACUGAAGCAGUAGAAAUCUCAAGGCUUGGAAUCAAGCUUGACACUCUCAGAAUUUAAACUCUUAUCAAACUUGUAUAUUUUUCUUAGGGAGUGGGAUUCUUUAUGUAGUGGGUCAGAAUCUUUGAAUACAUUAUUUAUAAAAACCUAUUUUAAAAAUUC